UCUGCAUUCAUCAUCAGCUUUCAAUGACCUCCACCUCAACGCUUCGUGUCCCCAUUGUGACCUUCCUCAAUGGGGUUGGCAAGGCUAUUCGCAAGGAAUUUGCUGCUUCGUCGACCCCCGCUGGGGAUCUCUUCCGAUCGGGGAAACUGGAAUUCGUGGACAUGCCUUUACCUACACUUGUAGGGAAUAUCCAAGACCUUCAUCACGGACACAAACAAGAUGAUACGGGUGCUCCUAAAUGGGACCUCACGUCUGAACAGGAACGUAUCCUAAAACAAGCUAAGGUGAUCGUCAUGGACCAGAAUUCGGGUGGGCCACUACUCAUCGCUCCGAACGAAAACUUGCCCCAAGACAAGCAAGAAAUCCUGAGUAAUGUCGAAUGGGUACAGGGAACGUAUGCAGGCGUUGAGCAGUACGUGAAUCGACUACUUGGUAGCCAAAAGACUGUGCCGGUUGAAAAGUUACCAAAGUUUACAUUGACUCGAGCUGGUCGAUUCUUUCCGCAAGUCAUGGGGCAGUACGUCUUCGGAUACGUGACGUUGUUCGAGCGUAUGGUAUUGGAAGCUAUCGAGUUCCAGAGCAACGGGGAGUAUGCGAGACCCCAAAUGGCUCAAUUUCGACCUUCACCAACUGUAACAAUCGGUGUUCUGGGUCUUGGAGACAUCGGACAGGGGGUUGGUAAAAUGUUACGAGGAGCAGGCUACAAUGUGCUGGGCUUUAAGCGUCGUGUGAGUCCUGACCAGGAAUUGGAACUGGCUCAUUGUGCCGACCGUGUAACAUCCGAUCUGGAUGAAGUGCUGUCCAAAAGUGACUAUCUGGUCAAUGUGUUGCCCAGUACCAGUUCGACACGGUACUUGUUGACCGAGGAGAACUUGGAGCUCUGUCGGGAGCGUAAACCAGUUUUUAUUAACAUUGGACGGGGAGAUAUCAUCGCUGAGAAGACGAUUGUCAAUGCUUUGGAUAAUGGCGUGUGGUCACGCGCGGUGUUGGAUGUAUUCGAAGAGGAGCCACUUCCACGCCACAGUGCAUUGUGGUCACAUCCCUCUGUUCUGCUCACUCCCCAUGUCGCUGGGUAUCCGAUCGCCGAAGAUUCGGCCAGCAUUUUCGUGGACAACUUCAAUCGCUACCUGCGUGGUGAGCCGAUGCUGUACAACGUGGAUUGGACAGCAGGAUAUUAACUCGAAGUUGUCCUCAUAGCUAUCGUUUUUUCUGGCAUACUCAACAUGAUUCAGUUAAACACAACGCUCCACUUAAGAAGGUUAAUCCAAUUCCUAUGGAGAAAUUGAGCUACUGUAGAUGGCGUUUUCGGUUUGUAUCAACUUUUUUGGUCUGCAAAACAAUUUCUUCGUCGAA